AUGGCUCGGGGGGCCCAGAAGGCCCAACUAGCCCGAGCGCAAGAGGGCAAAAAUGACGCCGGUCGGAGCGGCGCUGCGGCGGCCGCCCGGGUCGACACCGAGGAGGAGGCCGGCCGGGGCGGCGCAGAGAGCGUCGCCCGGCCAGAUGUCGGAGCCGGCGAGGGCGGAGCCGGCAGCGCCGCCCAGCCGGAAGCCGGAGGAGGAGAAGCUGAUGGGGAAGCGCAGGAGCGCUCCGCCGUCCAAAGAGAGGGAGAGACCCUCGCCCCCGAGCCCCUGAGGGCUGGGGUCUUGGGGGCAACGGAAGUGGAGUCGGUGCCAAGGGCGCCGGCGGUGGAAGAGACCCGUGUCCCAGAGCCCACGAGGGCCGGGGACAAGGGUGCUGCUACGGCGGCGACGGCGCAAACGGCGCCGGAGAACAUGGAGCCGGUGGUGGAGCUGCCGCUGAGAAGCAAUGAGUACAGGGAUUCGAGGGACAUCGAUCCAGCUGCUGUGACCAGCGCCGCCGCCCGGAUUGCUGAGUUUCUUUCGGCCUCCGAGGAUAUCCUCGAGCUGAGGAAAGCGGUGGCGGACGAGACCGCGGCGAAGGAGGCUGUCCAAGGCGCGCUCACGGCGGCGCAUGAUGAGUACGCAGACCUGAAGCAGGCCGCCGUGGUCGUGUGCCAGGAACUCGAGGGGGAGGGGGCUUUGUCUGGUAGCUCGGUGGCCAGCCGCCUACGAUCGCUGGGCGUGUCGUUGGGGUACGUCUUUGCAUCCGGCAUCAGUGUGGACGCCGCGUCGGCUGCCAUGGAUGACGCCAAUGCCGCCGUCGAGGAGUGCGCCGCCAUCUUGGCCAAGAAGCUUGAGGGCGAUAUCCCCCCAUAG